CUUGAAAGAGUGCAACUGAAUACCUAUUCUCCAAGCAGGCACCGGCAGAGAACAGGACCCAUCAGUGGACAGAAUGGCCACUUUGGAGCUCAGGUCGGUGGACCUGCACACCCGCAGGAACAACAAAGAGCACCACACGCAAGAGAUGGGCCUGAAGCGCCUCAUCGUGCGCCGGGGCCAGGCCUUCGCCAUCAGCCUGCAUCUUAGCCGACCCUUCCGGCCUGGGAGUGACUCCAUCACCUUUGUGGCUGAGACCGGUCCAGAACCCACAGAGCUGCUGGGCACGAAAGCCACUUUUUCGCUCACCCAGGCCCGACAAGGAAACAACUGGAGUGCUUCUGAGUUCACUGUGGAUGCCAACUCGCUCUUGGUCUCCCUCUUCACGCCAGCCAGUGCUGUCAUCGGUCCCUACACUCUGAAGCUAAAGAUCUCUCAAGGCCAGGGCCAAAGCGUGACUCAGCCCAUGGGGACGUUCAUCCUUCUAUUCAAUCCCUGGAGUGCAGAGGAUGACGUCUACCUGCCAAGUGAAAUAUUGUUACAGGAGUACAUCAUGAUGGACUAUGGCUUCAUCUACAAAGGACAUGAGAAGUUCAUCACAUCUUGGCCCUGGAACUACGGGCAGUUUGAAGAGGACAUCAUAGACAUCUGCUUUGAGAUCCUUAACAAGAGCCUGUACUUCCUAGAGAACCCAUCCAAAGACUACUCUCAGCGAAACGACGUGGUGUACAUCUGCAGGGUGGUGAGCGCCAUGAUCAACAGCAAUGAUGACAACGGGGUCCUGCAGGGGAACUGGGGUGAGAACUACUCGCUAGGCGUCAGCCCGCUGGAGUGGAAUGGCAGUGUGGCCAUCCUGCGGCAGUGGUCAGCCCGAGGCCGGCAACCCGUCAAGUAUGGGCAGUGCUGGGUCUUUGCAGCGGUCAUGUGUACUGUAAUGAGGUGCUUAGGGGUCCCAACCCGUGUCGUUUCCAAUUUCCGUUCUGCACACAAUGUGGACGGGAACUUGACCAUCGACACCUACUAUGACCAGAACGCAGAGAUGCUGCCAAUUAAGAUACGGGACAAAAUCUGGAAUUUCCACGUCUGGAAUGAGUGCUGGAUGAUCCGGAAGGACCUCCCACCAGGCUACAAUGGGUGGCAGGUCUUGGACCCCACCCCUCAGCAAACCAGCCAAGGGCUGUUUUGCUGCGGCCCUGCGUCUGUGAAGGCCAUCCGGGAAGGCGAGGUCCACAUGGACUACGACACCCCAUUUGUGUAUGCCGAGGUGAACGCUGAUGAGGUCAUUUGGCUCCUCAGGGACGGCCAGGCCAAGGAAAUCCUGGCCCACAACACCAGUUCCAUCGGGAAGGAAAUCAGCACCAAGAUGGUGGGGUCAGAGGAGCGCCAGAACAUCACCAGCUCCUACAAGUAUCCAGAAGGUUCCUCAGAAGAGCGGUCCAUCUUCAUGAAGGCUGCCCGGAAAAUGUUGGGUUCCAGAGGGGCCUCGUCACCCUUCCUGGAUCUGCUGGGCUCUGGGGGCUUCCAGAACCAGCCGGCCCAGCUGCAGCUACACCUGGCCAGGACGCCUGAGUGGGGCCAUGACCUGCUGCUCAGGCUGCAUGCUCGCAGGGUGCACAACAGGACCCACCCCCGGGGCCCCAUCUCCCUGCUUGUGCGCUUCUGUGCUCAGCCCCUGCUGCACAAGGGGGGCACCUGGGAGCCCCUGUGGAAUCUCACAAUGCACUUGCACCUGGACUUUGGGAAGGAGGUUCAGUGGCCGCUCGUGCUCCCCUACAGCAGCUACAGAAACAAGCUGACGGAUGAGAAACUGAUCCGAGUGUCCGCAAUUGCUGAGGUGCAGGAGAUGGGCAGUUUCAUCCUGGUACUGAAGGACAUCUCACUGGAGCCACCCCACCUGUCUAUUGAGGUGUCCAAGAGAGCUGAGGUGGGCAAGGCCCUGGAAGUCCACGUCACCCUUACCAACACCCUCUCGAUGGCCUUGAGCAACUGCACGAUGGUGCUGGAAGGAAGUGGCCUCAUUAAUGGGCAGAUAUCAAAGAAUCUCGGGACACUGGUGGCUGAACACACCAUCCACGUUCAGCUGGACCUCUACCCCAUCAAGUCAGGACCCCGCCAGCUCCAAGUCCUGGUCAGCAGCAAGGAGAUCAAGGAGAUCAAGGGCUACAAACACAUCUUUGUGGAGGCUGCAGGAGCCUCUUGAGCCCCACCCAACCUUCCCAUGGUGCCUCUUACACCCUCCGCUCCCUCCCAGUCCAGCCUUGCUUCAGGAAGGUGCUGUUUUGGACCCUUCUCAAUCUUCUUCCUAGCCUGAG